GAGAGAAACACGGAAGAACAAAAAGCAACACCUCAAGACGCUGCGCUGAAGUCUAAAUCUCUGCAAUUACUCGUAAAACGGGGUAAUGGAGCCAUGCACCAAAGACAGUGACAAGAUCAUUGAUUCAGGACAAGAUGUUAGUAAAGAUAACUCUGUUACUGUGUUGACUUCCAAUCCAAAAGUGAUUAAUUGCUGCAUUUGUUUUCAGUCCUUAAGUAUUCCCGUCUUUCAGUGUGAUAAUGGCCAUAUUGUUUGUUCUACCUGCUGUUCAAAACUUCGCAACAAGUGUCAGAAGUGCUCAUUGCCCAUUAGCUCAAAACGCUAUAAAGCCAAUGAGAAUCCAUUGCAAUCUAUCCAAAUGUCGUGCCAGAAUGAAAAAUAUGGCUGUAGGGAGACAAUAAGUCACAGUGGAAAGAGGAAACAUGAAGAAGAAUGCAUCUACUUGCCAUGUUACUGUCCCCUUUCAGGUUGCAAUUUUGUUGCCUCAUUAGAAAUGUUGUCCAACCAUUUCAGCCAUAAACACGGGGAUUCUCUGAUUGAAUUUUCUUAUGGUGACACUUUCAUUGUCUCCUUGAAGUCUAAUGAUGAAACCAUCGUCCUUCAAGAGGAAAAUGAUGGCAAACUAUUUAUUCUCAACAAUAGUACUAUGCUUUCAGGAAAUGCAAUCAAUAUUAGCUGCAUUGAUACUAACUCUUCUGAGGCUGGGUAUAGUUAUGAUAUAUUGGCUAGGUCUAAGAUGUGCAGUCUGAAGUUUCAUUCUUCUCCGAAGAAUGUCCAAUGGGCUACUUUAGCAACUCUUUCACCACAAUUCCUCGUGAUUCCAUUUGGUUAUUUUAGUUCUUCUGAAACUCCCGAGCUAGAAAUUUGCAUAACCCCUAAGAUGCAAAUCUUCGUAAUGACUCUGACUGGAAAGAUGAUCCCUAUGAGGGUUGAGAGUUCGGACACGAUCGCCAAUGUGAAGGCAAAGAUUCUUGACAAGGAAACAAUCCCAGUGCACCAGCAACAUCUGAUGUUUUCCGAUAAGCCACUAGAUGACAGCCAGACCCUUGCUAAUUAUAACAUCCAAGAGAAGUCAACUCUCAACCUCAUUCUCCGCCUUCCCUAGAAAGUAGAGAUCAGAGAUUAUUAACGACAUAAGUCUUCACCUUUUGUUUCUCAUGUUUAUGGAUUUGGCUUAUGAUUUUUUGCUUAUUUUCCUUGAGCUGUAAUGAUCUUUUGCGAUGGGGACUGCAAUCAGCUCUUGAACAAGGUGUUAACAGUUUGAUAAUUGCAUAUGAUGCUGUGAAUAUAGUGAACUGCAUAUUAGGGAAAUGUUACAAAUUGCAAACAGCUGCAAACCUGUUUUUCUUUUUGCUAGAAUUAUCCAUGUUAAGAGAUGUUUUAAUGUAGAAUUUCAUAAUUUAGCUACUCUUUCUAGUGCUAUCAACUAGCUCAUGAUUGGAAAUCCUACUAUUUCUACCGCUGUAACUUCAUUUUAAAGCUGUGAACCAGCUCAAUUUCAAUGAAAUGAGAUCUUUGAACCUCAGAAAA